AUGACGACGACGUUAUUGUCUGGAGUCAUGUCUCGUCUUUCAUACACUCUCGGGCGUAAAGGCCAGCUCAACUAUCCAGGAAUUACAUUUGCCUCCAAGAAAUGUGCAGAAAGUCUUCUGUUGAAGGAUGCUGAGACACACCACUGCUUUUUCCGGACGGCUGGGCUACAUAACCACCUGAGCCAUCAUAUUCUCGCAGCUUACGACUUGGGAGCGCCCGCUGGGCUUUUGCAAAAGAUAUACCAUGACGAAGCUCGCAUCCAACGACCCAUCAUUUGGGAAGAAAAGGACAAGGCGAUAUUAGUCACUGAAGAUAACUGGGUCCAGCACCUCGGUAAUCCAAGUGCCUAUGCUUCAUUUGUCAAAUUCUUUGCCGAACAGAUCGAGGCCUUUGGCUCAACCGCAACUCUGGAACGAUUUGUGUUUGAUAGUGAGAAAUCUGGAGCCCAUAUGCCGGCCCGUCUCAUGAGCGGCGCACUUCAUCCCCUAAUCAUUGUUGGGUAUGGCGCAGAAUUUGCAAACGAUACAAUUAUCGCCACAGGUCUUGCCCAAACUGCGGUACAUAAUCCUGUGGAUUCUAGGCUCUUCAAGUUUCAGGAUAUCAAGGGCGCGACUUCAACGCCCAAGGGCACUGGGAGACAACCCGUCAAAGGGCUUUCCCUCCUCGAAAUUCUACGACAAGUCUACGAUUCAGACAUUCUCCGUCCCGUCCUACCAUAUGAUCCUGACGCUUUGAUCAACGCUCGUCUGAAGGCCGCUCUAAACGGUGGUAGAGCAGAAGAAAUAGUGCGCAUCUGCUCCCAAUACCAACUUUCCGAAACGGCCGGAGAAGACGAAUUGAAAGCCAAGGUGGAAGAAGUCAUGUGGGUCGCUACUCUCCUCAUGGCUGGUACGGGAAAGGAAGGCAGGAAACCAAGGCUCGAUUUCUUCCUCAUGCAUAUCGUCACAUCGUCCCUAUUCCUCCUUCCCAUUCUCAACACUUUGAAGAAGACGGUCCAUAGGGCCGACAUUCUUCGGUCAUAUAUCGCCGUUCUUGUCCUUUUGCUGCUCUCUCGAGGACGCCCCAGGAUUAAUCCAGAGUUACUGAUGUCGUAUACGGAUACGCCUCGCCCUCCCAUACGUGCGGCGCCUAGCAAGUCGGCUCUAGGGAAUCCACAAGUCGAUGAAGAUUAUACCCCUUGGCCAGCGAUGGUAGAAGAUGUUUUAUAUGCUCCGGACUCUCAUGUUGUUAAAACGCUGCGAACUUUACUCUUUGCUGCGCAACAUUACGGUGAUACUCCUCCAGGAGGUGCUAUUGGCGCUUUUAGGCCGGGAGAAGAAGAGGUGAUCGAAACGCAUAAUGGUACCUCAAAAAUGGAUGGCACAAUUUUCAGUAGGGCUGCAGGCUUGGUUAUGGAUUCUAUGGGUUGGGUAACUCAUGGACAGCCAGCAGGGGAGUGGGAUAGGAGCGCUUUGGGGUGGGAUGCUGCAUGGGAUUCAGGUGAUUGA